GCGGCCUGCUGGCGAGGCGCGCGUUCGAACCGGGCGAGGAGGUCGCACGCGAGGCGUGCUCCGCGUGGUGCUCCGGGCCAUCGGGGUCCUCGGAGCCCUCGGGGCCUUCGGCGGCGGCGGCGCCCGUGGAACGCGGGCCGCCCGACGCGGCCUGGGAGUUCGCGGGCUUGGGCUGCGCCGAGCCGACGGUGCUCCUGGUCGCCAGCAUGCUGCUACGGCGGCACGAGGCGCGGUCGCCUGGCGGCGCGCGGCCGCAGCAGCCUCUCGGCGGCCUCUGCGCGGGGCCCCGCCACUGGCGGCAGCUGCCCGGGACGCGCACGGGCCUCGCGGAGCGGUGCGCGUCCGUGCAGGGCGUGCUGCGGCAGGGCCGGCAGCUCGGGCGCUUCAGUCUCGCGCCCACCGAUGAAGAGGUGGUGGAAGCGGACCUGCGCCGCAUCGGGAGCAGCGUCAAGAAAGGCUCGCUGGCCGUGCCCGCGUCCCUGUCGCUGCUAAACCACUCUUGCUGCCCUAACGCAGAGGUGCUCUUCGACGGGCCAGAGGUGAUCCUUAGGUGCCUUCUGCCCUUGGCGGAGGGCGACGAGGUGUGCGUGUCCUACGUCGACGAGCUGGAGGACGUGCUCGCCAGGAGGUACUCCCUGCUCGAGCACCAGGGCUUCCGCUGCCUCUGUCCCCGCUGCCAGGCGAACUUCUGCGGCGUCGGGGGCGCGGCGCUCGGCGGGUGGAGGUGCACCUGCGGCGCGGCCCUUCGCGACGACGCGAUCGUGUGCGGCGGCUGUGGCCACGAGGUGGCGCCCUCGCAUCGCCUGGAGCGGGAGAGGAGGCACUGCUCCGCGCUGCGGCACGCGGAGCAGGCCGCGCGCUGCGCGCGCGCCGCCGCCUCGCCCGCUUCGGAGGGCCAGGACGGCCUGGCGCGCGCCGCGGCGCUGCUGGAGGGCGCCCUCGCCGAGGAGCGCGCGCUGCGCCCCGCCGGCAGCGUCUGGCUCGUGCGGCUGCAGGGCGCCCUGUGCCGCGUCCUCUCCCGGCUCGGCGGGGCGGGCGGCGCCGCCGCCGCCGCGGCCGCGGACCUCUGCGCACUGCGGUCGGCACAGCGCCGGGUGCUGGCCGAGGAGGCGGCCGGCUGGCCGCCGGCUGCGGCGCCCGCGCCGGAGGAGGCGGCGUGGGCGCGCCGCCUCGUCGCCGCCCUGCGCCUGCACGAGGCGCCGGGCGCGAGCGGCGGCCGCAAGCGGCGGGUGGGCCCCCCGCAGGAUUCAGCGGGCGAAGAGCGGUACAAGGCAAACUCUUCCUCGAUCGGGGAUCCCUGUCCCAGGGACGGGGGCUACGUGGUGUGGGACGCGGGCCGUCGCCCGCUUUGCGGCCUGCUGCUGAGCUACGGGGUCGACACCAACGUGGACUUCGAGCUCGAGCUCGCAGAGGGGGGCGCCAGAGUCUUCCUGUACGACCACACCGUGCCCGGGCCGCCGCGCCAGCACCCGAACUUCACGUUCGUCCGGGAGGCCCUGGCGGGCAGGGACGUGCCAGGAGUGGCUGGGACGCUGGCCUCGCACGCCGCCGGGGCUGGCGCGUGCGCCGGGGGCGCCACCGCGGAGGUGAUGCUGAAAGUGGACGUCGAGGGCGCCGAAUUUGAGGCGAUACUGGCGACGUCGCCCGAGGUCCUCGGGCGGUUCUCGCAGAUCUGCAUGGAGCUCCACUGGCUGGGGCGGCCGUCGCGGGGGGGCAGCUUCCAGACCAAGGCGCUGGCGCUCGAGCGGCUCGCGGAGCGGUUCGUCCUGCUCCAUGCGCACGGCAACAGCUACGGGGACGUUGUGGAGCUCGCCGGCUGCCCGGUCCCAGACGUCCUGGAGGUGCUGUUCGUGAACCGCCGUGCGUUCGGCGGCGCGGAGCCUCCGCGGCCCAGCUCCGGCGGCAUCCCCGACGAGGCGCUCGACGUGAACAACUGCGCCUUCGUGCCGGACAUCUGCCUGGCCGGGCCCCCUUUCGGAGCAGACCUGCCGCCGCCUGGCGGUGCGGCCGCGUGA